GACUCUAUCCAUGGUGACCAAGAGGGAGCGGCCCCCACAGAGGCCCAAGCCCAGGCCCGCAGUCUGCAGCGACACCCAUGCCACCGCCAGCGUCGCUGCUCCCCCUGUUGCUUCUACCAGGGACCAGCUCUUUCAGGUGGUGGUCAUGAGGGUGUCAAUCCAUUGCCAAGGAUGCGCAGGCAAGCUAAGAAAGCACAUCUCCAAAAUGGAAGGGGUGACUUCCUUCAGCAUAGAUCUAGAGUCCAAGAGGGUCACUGUUAUGGGUCAUGUGUCUCCUGCUGGGGUCCUGCAGAGCAUCUCCAAGAUUAAGAAAGCUGAGUUCUGGACUUGCUCAUGAGCUGGCUUUUGCCCAAGGUGUUCUCUCUUUUAGCUACUGUGGGUUAUUUUUCUUUGGGGAUUUUAGCCUUUUGAGAGGGGAGUAGGGCCUUUUAAGGAGUCACAUUGAGAUGUCUGCCUUUGGUUUGUUACUAUAUACACAUUUGUGUCUGUUUGUAGCUCAGAAACUUUCUAAAUUCUAAUGAGUUGUAGUAUCCUUUGAGCAAUAGUGGUUGUGUAUUUGUAAACAAUGCAUCAUCAGUCACUGGCCUUUUA